AUGACCACUCAGCUCCUUGCGACGGAGCUUACAAACCUCAUUCAGGAGAGCAAGCGCAAGCAUAAUGACCUGAGACUGGCUGCAGAGAAGUCUCUGGAAGAGCUUAAGAGCGUCCGGAGUGCAAAUGAAGCACAACUAGCCGCUGAGCUGGCUCAAAGGGGCAACUUCGCCAACCCCUUUGUCAUCGCAUGCGGGACCAAGAAUGCAAAGUUCACUGCCAUAGCCAUUGUCUGCCUGUCGCGGUUGAUCCUUGUCAGCGCUUUACCACGAUCCAAGCUGAGCCCCGUUCUCGAGGCCCUACGCGAGGCCACCUCGGCUGGUCUCGACGUACAACUCAAGAUCCUACAGGCGUUACCCACGCUUUUACAGAACUAUGCUAUCGACAUCAAAGGCGAUCUACUGGUCACCGCCUUGAAUAUCUGCUUCAUUCUGCAGUCCAGCAAGAAUGGCGUCGUCAACAACACAUCGGCUGCUACGCUUCAGCAGUUGGUCAUGACUGUCUUUGAAAAAGUGGCCACUGAGGAUAUGUCAACGUCGGAUGAUGGGUUCGUUGGCGAUGCCCCAACUAGCAACGACCAAGUCCAGCUUCGUGCCUCUGCUUUGGAUGCGUACCGUAUCUUCAAUGAUAUUUGCCUCAUGACUGAGAAUCAAAGACCGGAAUACCUCCGCUUCACCGGCCUCCCUCAGACGUUUGGCCUUGAGCUGAUAGAAUCAGUCUUGAGCCAACACGCCAACAUAUUCUUAAACCACCCUGAGCAAGCCCAUAUCCUACGCGCGAGAGUCAUGCCAUUCAUUAUUUCUGCCCUCUCUGGAAAACCAAACUUUGCCAUAUCUGUUCGACUCGCGCGCAUCCUAUACACCAUGCUUAAGAAGCAUCUCACCAUACUGCCGUCCGAAGGUGGUGAUGCCCUAAACGUUCUUACCCAGCUGCUGGACCAAGACACAGCUGUCUGGAGAAGGGCAUUAUGUAUGGAAGUUUUCAGGGGCAUCUUCUCCGAACCUCCUCUUCUAAGGCAAAUAUUCACCAUGUAUGACGCCAAAGAAGGGGAGAGGGACGUGCUCAAAAACCUGACUGCGACCUUCGUCAGAGUGAGUACUGAGAAACCGGCAGUUAUUGGGCUUGGUCACCAGUCUACCAUACCCGUAGCCGGCAACUCGGGAUCAUCGUCGGAUCAAGCAAUGCUCGAGGCGAGCGGCGUCACCGGUAUCAUCAGUGGCACCGUUAGCGAAGGCCACAAUACGGGUAUUAGCUCCCAAUGGAGCACGGUCAGGGUAGCUUGCAUUGAUCACCUCGAUAAGACCGAACCGCCCCCCACACCAGAGUCUUACAUCUAUGCCUUGACGCUAUCAUGCAUUACCUCACUAUCCGAGGGCUUGGCAAAGUUUAUACUGCCCCUGACAGUUCCUGGGGAGGGUCGCUCUCGCAAGCGCACUGCAAAGCAACCAGGUAUGGGCAGAGAAUCGCCAGCUCCGACAGAAGCAGACAGGCCCGACACCCCCAAAAUAUCAGUAGAGAGGACGGCGACGAUAAGUGGCCUGGAACGCUCUGGAUCGUUCAAAAAAAAUCCAAUCCCCGUCAAUCCUCUGGCUUUGAAAGACCAUCCCUUACAUGCAGAUGUCAAAGUCUGCGCUGACCUAAUUGAUGAGUGUUGGCCAGCUAUCCUGGCAACCUGUUCCACCUUCCUCUACGCCGCGCUCGAAUCGAACUAUUACCACAGUCUCGUACGAGCCUUUCAGAAAUUUGCCCACGUGGCCGGACUCCUGCAGCUUACCACCCCGAGAGAUGCGUUCCUGACGACACUUGGUAAGGCUGCGGUGCCCCCGAACGUAUUCACCGCUUGCCUCAAUAUGGGAUCAUCAAAGCUAGCCGCGGCAACUCCGAUCAGCGAAACGCCGAAUACCAUUUUGGGCAACGCUCGGGGGCUGUUGAGUGUGGAGAAUUUGGUGACUCCUGUCGGUGCCGCCGGCGAGAGGCAGAGACAAGCCUCGAUUGAUGCAAACACACCACCACAGACACUCAAUACCCGCAAUCUCCUGUGCCUUCGGGCCCUGCUAAACCUAGGCAUUGCAUUGGGACCAACACUCAGUGCAUCGUGGUCGAUUGUCUUGGAAACACUGCAGCAGGCCGAUUUCGUUUUAUUCUCGAAUGGCAAAGCUCCUGGGAGGACACCAAUCGUGACUAGAGGGUCAGACCCCAAAGCAGAAAGCGAAGCUUCUGCACUCCUAGGCAACUUCAGUACCGAGAUUCGAUCUGUCGAGACAGCAGCCGCUAGACUCCUCGAGAGCACCGUUGACUUUCCCAAUAACUCUUUCGUUGAAGUAGUCAAUGCUGUAUGCAAUCUCUUGAAACGGCAGUCGGAAUCAGCUUCGGAGCCUGCGAGUCGGCCCCAAUCGCCACCACCUUCCAGACAAUCCCUUCAAGGCUUGCGAACACCAAGUGGUCAGCACCGGAGGUUACUCACCAUAUCGACGGCAGGGACCAUAGGUCUCAACCAGGAGGACCAAUUCGCCUUGGCCAAGAUCGGCGACCUCGCAACUAGCAAUAUAGAUAGACUUCUCAUUUACCCUCCCGACGUAUCGGGCUGGGGUAGAAUAACUUCCGAACUUGUUAGUACUCUCAGCUCCGUUUCCACCUCUGCGCCAGUUCGGAGUCGGGCGGCAGAGAUUCUCGUACGACUCGUACUCGAUGCUGCGAAGGCCGUCACCACCCUCAAUGACGAAUCACGUGGCAUGGUGCAACUUCGGCUUCUUGAAGGUCUUCGUAGCGCCUUGAUACCAUUGCAGAUGGAGGAUCGUGCAGCUUCAGUAGCCAACUACGCGACUGAUGUCGACAUCCACAAGAUAAUACUCGAAGGGCUUAAGAGCCUUCUUGAAGAUUGUGGUGACACACUUUUGAGCGGCUGGAAGAUUUCGUUCGAGAUCAUUGGCAGUAUAUUCAUCCCGAGGCGAUUCGCCGACGACGACAAUGCCAAACCAGUGAUGCUCACCACACGAUCUUCGAAGCUCAUCCGAUCGGCAUUCAACUCCUUACAACUAGUCUGCUCCGAUUUCCUGACAUCCUUACCUAAAUCUUGUUUCCUGAUUCUUGUUGAUACCCUGUACAAAUUCUGUUCGCAAGACGAUGACCUCAACAUCGCAUUGACGACUGUCACUUUCUUCUGGGACCUUUCGGAUUUUCUUUCUGGGAAGAACAAGUCACUCCCCAUUACCAACGACCUUGUUGGGGAUUCUGGUGAAGCUGCAUUGGUCGAGAAAGCUUCGCAUGCCGAAAAUGCUUCUUCAGAUGCGGCUCUCUGGAUGCUGCUUCUACUUCGGUUGACAACAGUGACCACAGAUGAACGGCUGGACUUGAGAAAUAGUGCCAUUCAAACAUUGUUGCGGAUAUUUGACGCUUAUGGUGACCGGCUCAGUCCCGAAGCUUGGUCCGUCUGCAUAAAGUCAGUGAUCUUUAGACUGCUAUCUUUCAUAGAGAAAGAAGUCGAAGAGGUUAGCGAGCCUGGGACAGACGACAAAUAUCGCCACGACUGGUAUGACACCGCUGUUGUGGUCUUGGACGGCAUAUCCAGCCUUCUAGCAAACUACCUCGAUGUUUUGAUGGCGCACCCGACGUUCAACUCAUACUGGCAACAGCUCUUGGGUCACUUUGCGACACUUCUCGACUUCAAGGUCCUUGAGAUUAACACCGCGACGUUCAAGGCCUUGACUCAGAUGCUCUCCCACAGCCAGAAUGGAACAAAGCAGAACUUCAACAGGACAACCAUCGACCUAGCAUGGGACUUAUGGUCUCGCAGCGUCCCGGUGGCCAUGGAUGGCAACACUGGCAAGACUACCGACAAUCAGAAUUGUCUUUUGGCGUAUGUCGCUGCCUUACGCGACGUGUACCGCCUCAUACAAGCAGAUCUCACUGUUGAGCGAAUUCGUCGCAUGCUGACUCUUCUGCACGAAGUCAUGCAAGCAGCGACACCUGGGGCCUACGUGGCCGACAUUGACCAUGUGACGCCGCUACAAGGCCAAGUUUUGGACGUUCUAAAGAUGCUACGGACAGACCUCCCGGGGGCGCCGUCUGCGCUAAUAACACAAACCUCAGAGUUUAUCUCGUUGGCCUUUGUUGAUGGUGGUAAUAUGCCGAGCCAACGGACGACGCAGAAACGCACUUAUGUUGCUAUGUCGAAAGCAAGCAUGGUGAUUCUGCAAUCAUUGAUUGUAAACCAUGCUACCGACGUCGACAUAUAUAGUAACGGGGCCUUCUUGACUGCACUCACCGCAUUAUCAAGGCCGAUCGUCACCAAGUAUCAAUUCCCUAUAAUUACCAAGUCGGAGCAGCCAUGGAAGCAAGCGACAACGUCCUCCCUAAACAUCCUCGAGGCUACCCUUCGGCAGCUUCUUACCCUUGACAUCCCUCGGUCAGUGUUGCAGGAUGUCUGGCAAAUGAUUGUCACCAUUGCCAAUGGCAUCACCAACGCCGACUGCGAUGCGCCUCCAGAUAGGGUCAACAUUCUCGAUGACCAGGACUUCGACAUCAAGUCCUUUCUGAGGCUGCGCGAGCUAAUAAUACCCUCGCUCGGCGCAGAGGUCGUACCGGAGAAGACGCGCAAGGUGUUUGCUGAAAGCCUCUUCCGGAUGUCCAUCAUUCACGCACCUGCCCCAGCGGAAUCGUUACUCAUCUACGGCAACACUGGAGGGGACGUGGUCGGUUUGUCAAAGCUCUACAAGACUCGCCGUGGGCGUACCGUAGAUCCACCGCCGACAAAACGCGAGAAGAUGUGUUACGUCUGCCUGGACGAAAUGUUCUCGCUGGUAGCAAACCACGACGAGGUGUCCACUCCACAGAUCACGGUUCAGCCUCCUACCCCGAGAUUACCUCCGCCUGGACAAUCAUCAAACAUGCCGUUUGAAGCUCCCCACGAGCUCAAUGUCCGCCUAGCAAGAACGGCAGCACCAUACCUCAUCCUGAGAGCCGCCCUGACCUUGCGGGCAUAUAUCGCUGAUCAACCCCUCAGAGGUCACAUGCCACAGCCUCUCAGCCAACGCAAGGAGCUGGCGUGGAUACUCGAACGCCUGGUCGAGUUGAAGAGUGAACCGGAUGCUAUCCCGGACACGCCCAACGUCGAGAGCGAGGGCCGUAAGCAUCUGCUCAGGCUCUAUCCCUUGGUGGUCGGUGCGACCAGAGUUGCUGGGACCAGCGGCGAUGAGAAUGUUUUGCGGCUGUUGACGAAGGCGUUGGAGGUUGUUGGUGCGGAACUGGGCGUUUGA